GAGAGGUGCAUUUUAACUCGUCACUUUCAGUGUUUUUUAACUACUACUAAUGCUACAGUGUCUGCUACUAAUGUUACUGUUACUACCACUUCUACUACUACUGAUAAUGGUAAUACAUACAUUUCCCAUUUUCUAUUCGACCCAUAACAAUGUGACGUAAUUAACAUGUCUCUAGAUUUGUUCUCCAAUACAGUACUCCCCAUUUCUGUCUUCAUACCAUCUAAUGAUCAGGCAUUUAAGCUAUAUAAACUGUGUGUGUGUGCACGUGUGUGUGUGAGAGAUAUUUCUAUUUUACAAUGGAAAUCAUAACAUUGAUAGCAAUCCAGCAAGCAAAAUCAAAUUCAUCAUUUAGGGAAAAUACCAGUUAGACAAAAACAAAAGUGAACGACAAUGGUUUUCAGUGUUCAAUUUAGAUUUAAAUCCAACAUGAACUUUACCUUGCAGUAACUAAGUCAAUCUGUGGCUUGCAUCAUUCAGUGCCUCCAAGUUCAACCAAUCACAGUGGUCCCAGGAUAUGUAAAUGUUAGUCUAUAGUCAGAAUCAUUCACUUCAGUGAGUCCAGCACUGGGUCGGCAUUUAACCAUGACAUUGUUGAGUACCGCAAUAACAAUUCUGAGUACUGCAUUGCUGAUUCAGACCCAAAAGGAUCCUCAAUUACUCCAUUUGAAAAAAGUUGAAUUUAGAGAUACUGUUACUCUCAAUUGUACAGUUUUGAAAAACCAGAAUAUCAAUGAAGAGUUAUACUGGUACAAGCAAUCUCUGGGAUAUAAUCCCCAAAUGGUAGCUAGCAGGUAUUUUACAUCAAAGAUUUACCCGUCUUUUAUUUUGAGGUUCAAAGCGGGAAAUGGAAGUAACUUCAAUUUGACAAUCAGCAACGUUCAAAAAGAGGAUGAAGCAAAUUAUUUCUGUAAUCAAGGAGGACAAUAUCUAAACAUUUGGAACGAUGGGGUUUUCCUGACCGUCAAAGAUCCCAAUGACCAGAGGUUUGUCUCCCAGACUGUGGUCCAACAGCCUGUGUCAGCAUCAGCUCAGCUGGGAGACCCUGUGGCUCUCCAGUGCUCUAUUACCUCCCAGAGGACGGACCACAGUAACCAGUGCCAAGGGGAACCCAGUGUGUACUGGUUCAGAUCAGGACCAUCUCACCCUGCUGCCAUUUACAUGAAUGGGAACAGGACUGGUGAAUGUCAGAAUAGUUCUGGGCCUCCGUCUGCUCCACAGAGCUGUGUCUACACUCUCCCCAAGAACAAUGUAGACUCCUCUGAUGCUGGGACCUACUACUGUGCCCUGGCAGCAUGUGGGGAAGUUGUGUUUGGAAGUGGAACCAAGUUGUACGUGUUUGGGAAUGGAACCCAGCUUGACACACCAGGUAAAGAUAUUUUACUUCCUACUUCCAGUUUAUUUGGAAAAUAUUGA